CUCCCAGAUGCUCUUGACCAUUUUUUCAUCAUGUUCGAGGUUUCCUGGGCCGACCCAGAAAGAGAGACGGUGGCAGAGCGGAAGAGUAGAAAGCAACAAAGGUCUACAUGCGCCUCAAGGAAUGGACCAACAGUACCUCCAUCUCGGAGUUCAACCUCGGGAGAAAUGAGGCCCCCAGUGAUGAAUGUCUUCGGGCCAAGUCGGAAGGAGCAAUCUUUGGCCAAAAGAAAACAGACAAACUCAUCAUCAACACUACGCAUCGAUGGCCCCAAGGCACUUAGAAAACAACCAAGCUUUACAGCAAGCUCGGUUUCAUCGUUCCAUGAGAAUCCAAGAAUAUCGACGACAAUAAUAAGAACUCCCGACAACGAGUUCUUCUCAGACUCAUACCCCUCCGAUUAUGAUCCAUGCAGACUGUCGAAUCAAUCAGAAGUGUCGGACUCUGGGACGAAUUCAACCUGGAGCUUAAAUGCAGAAUCGAUCUGCAGCUCGGGAAAGAUAGUUCAACAAUUGAGCCCAACCUCGUUUGUGACGCAGAGCACGGAGAUCACAGUGUCCCCAAGAGAAUCAAUCAAAGACGCAGAACAAGUCGCGACAAUGGUUCAUAUCUCAGCUAGUGGAAUAAUUCACACGCAUGAUUCGGCGGGUAGAAGACCUUCUCAAGCCACCGUAUUGGAUUUUCUGAGUGACAAUGAUGACGAGAUAGAGGCGGAAGAGGAGUCAAGUUCGAUGACAGAGAAGGCGGUUGAAACUCAGGCGAUGAUAAGUCCAGUCUGGCAGCCUAUUCCAUGGGAGCCACCCGAGGCAUGGGAGUGUUCCAGAGAGAACAAGGAAGAGUCCACAUCCUCCAAGCCUAAAGGUCUUGGUCUGCCCUUUCGACCAGCUGGACCGAGACGUAGGUCCGACAGGGGAACACCAAUUGAGAAAUCUUUCGAUGAAUAGAAGGAAUACAAAUUGCAGGGGCUAGAAGGAUUCAAUUAUGUUGGGUGGCCGUGUUGUGUUAGGAGUCUAGAAACCUAUGUUUUCAAGGGCACACUGCCUCGAGAAUGGUGGGGCUACGUCGUUUUGGAAACUGUCAAGCAAGGGUAGAAUGCUUCAAGUAGCGCAGCCUCCAUACUUAUGGCACAGUAGGGAAGCCACGGAUAGUUAAUAGUGAGGAAGACACUGGAGGUUAGUAGACUAACUGAGGGGGGGUCUAUUCUCGCUUGCAAUGGUUUUACAGAAGUGUUGGUGGGAUGGAAAUACGAAAUACCUUUUACUUUGCAUUCAUUCCUCUUUGGUUGAUGGCGGAAGAAGUGUAUUUAAACUUUGCCACUGAAACUUGGAAACGACGGCUGCUUGAUGGGAAGUAUGGCAAGACGGAUUCAGCAAAAAAAGAAAAGAAAAGAAAAGAAAAGUAAAC